UGCUGUUUUCACACGGCUGUGCCCACCAAUCGACAAUUUUUUUUUUUAUUUUUGGUUAAAUAAUCCCCCAUUUCGGCUGAAUUUUUAGUUCCCCAAAAAACGAGAAAACCAAAAAAAAAAAUCUCGAAAAAUCCCAAAAUUUUUCUCCCCUUCUUCCCCCCUCUUUCGCGUUCGACAAAAUUGCCGAUAGAAAAAUUCACUGAAUUCCACACCCCCUCCACUCACUGAUAAACGUAAAAAAAAAUAAUCGUGAAAAAUUGGAAUUUUCUUCCACCUCCACAACAAAAAUUCCAAUUUAUUUCACUCGCCGACGCCGCUCGAAAUCCGCCGACGCCCCGCCAGUACGCACGCGUGCAUGUACGUGACGCGCGUACACCGAAAAUCGAGAAAGAGAAAAUUUUAGUCGGUGGAUAUAUAUUUUUUUUUACCCUUCACAAUCACCAACCCUCACCCCCUGUUAUACCAUAAUCCACAUCAGUAUCACACGGAAUUAAGUGCGGGUCGUGUGGGCGGUUAUCGUAAUAAAAAAAUUUAUUUCUGUCUCGGACAUAUUUUCAAAAUUCCAGUUAUCACAUCCCCCGAACUAGUGACAUUAAUUUUCCCCAUUUGUUUAUGAAAAAAAGUGGUGAAUCUGGGAUAAUUGUGGUGUGAAGUCUCAUUGUUCACAAUCACGAACAAUCGGAGUAAAUAAUCACUGCCAAUCUGUGUUUAAAAAAUACCUGGUAGUAGAAUAAAUAAUUCCAUUGGAAAAUUUUGUGAAAAAUCAUUAUUAUAAAUAUUUUAUGAAAAAUUCUGGGUGAAUUUGGGUGAUAGUGCGCGAGUGAGGGGAAACGUGGAGUGGGAAAAAGGGAAGAGUUUUUCACGCGUUGGAGCCCCCGUAGGGCCCCGGGGACCGGCUCUGAGGAAAGAUUGAAAAGUUCUGGAGUGGGGGGUGACGAAGAGGAAGUGAGGAAAUACUGGGCAUUCUGGUAACAACUGUCGCCGGUUGCUAAACACGCGUGAGGAGUUAUUGCCCCAGUGGUGUUGUUGUACCCUGUGACAAACCCAUUCCACCCCCUGUUAUAUUAUUAUUUUUCAACCCCCGAAUCGGUUUAUUGUAUUUAUUAUUGACCUGUUCAGAAUUUUUAUUCUUAUUUAAUGAGAUCGAUGAGAUACAUUUCGGCUGUUCGUCAAAUAAGUGUUAACGGUCGGUGAUUUUUGAGGAACGAUUUUAAAGUGUGUGACAGUGGUUGGAGUGGUCUACCUCAGUCGUUCGAGCAAUUAUUGCUGGUCGAUAUCAAUAAUUGAGCUCCUUUAAUAUUUAUUAAGAAUAUUACGAUUUAAGGAAGAGAGAUUUAUAUAUAAAUAGUAUAUAGCAGGAGAUAUUAUUUAUCGUGGAGGAAGUGGGAAAGGCCAGUAAUUUUCUUUUUGUUUAACGAGUUUGUGGUGAAUUUUCGGCGGUUUUUUAAAACAGUUUUGAACGGUUUUUGUGGUGAUUUUGAGGUGAUAAAAUGUCGUUGGAUAAAUUCGCCGAGGGGGGAAUGCUCCAGAAGGAGAUGGAGAGACUGGAUAUUGAGGAGAAAAAUGGAGACGCUGCGAGCAGCGGCUCCGGUGGAAAGGUACUCGUCAGCAACCUGCCGGUUCACGCAAAAUUCGAGGACGUGGAGCUCCUGUUCUCGACGUACGGACAGGUGCUAAACGUCGAGAAGGUAGCAUCAAGAGAUCCAAACAGCCAGGCAGUACUUGUCAGCUAUGAAACGCAAGAGCUAGCACAGCAAGCUGCGAAUCAGUUGAAUGGCUACGAAUACGACGGUAAUUCGAUAAAAGUGGAAAUGUCGAGUGCUGAGAGUCGACGUAGGGCACGCAGUCAGCGUGCUGGUGUUGGUGCAUUUUCGGGUAUACCUGGCUCUGGACGCCAGACAGAUUUUCCACUGCGUAUUCUCGUACAAUCAGACAUGGUUGGCGCUAUUAUUGGCCGUCAGGGAUCAACCAUACGUCAGAUAACCCAAAUGACACGUGCCCGAGUCGAUGUACACCGUAAGGAUAACGUUGGCUCCCUGGAGAAGGCCAUUACGAUCUACGGCAAUCCAGAGAAUUGCACUAAUGCCUGUAAAAAAAUACUUGAGGUCAUGCAGCAGGAGGCCAAUAACACGAAUAAGGGGGAGAUCACAUUGAAAAUUCUCGCACACAACAAUCUCAUCGGUCGUAUAAUUGGCAAGGGUGGUAACACGAUCAAAAGAAUAAUGAUGGACACCGACUCGAAGAUCACUGUCAGCAGUAUAAAUGAUAUCAACAGCUUCAAUCUCGAGCGUAUUAUCACUGUCAAGGGAACAAUCGAUAACAUGAGCAAAGCAGAGUCCAUGAUCUCCAGCAAACUUCGUCAGAGUUACGAGAAUGAUCUUCAGGCGAUGGCGCCACAAAGUAUGAUGUUCCCUGGUCUUCACCCAAUGGCAAUGAUGUCAACAGCAGGUAUGGGCUACAGUUCACGUGGACCUGGCCUCUACGGUUCAGGACCAGCUCCCUAUCCCUAUCAAGGCAGUCUACCAACUCAGCAAGGUGGUGUACCAGCAGCAGACACCCAAGAAACAACCUUCCUGUACAUUCCCAACAACAGUGUAGGGGCAAUAAUCGGUACCAAGGGUUCACACAUCAGGAAUAUCAUAAGAUUCUCUGGUGCUAGUGUUAAAAUUGCCCCACUCGAGCAGGAGAAACCUGCCGAUCAGCAGACUGAGAGAAAAGUCACAAUCAUCGGAUCACCAGAAUCUCAGUGGAAGGCUCAGUACCUGAUUUUCGAGAAGAUGAGAGAAGAGGGCUUCGUGGCAGGCACCGAAGACGUGAGACUGACGGUUGAGAUACUCGUACCGAGUGCUCAGGUUGGUCGUAUUAUUGGUAAAGGGGGUCAGAAUGUGAGGGAACUCCAGCGUGUCACUGGGAGCGUUAUCAAGCUCUCUGAGCAGCAGUCUACACCCCCACAAGCUGAUGAGGAAACUACCGUCCAUAUCAUAGGACCUUUCUUCUCUGUUCAGUCCGCACAGCGAAGAAUUCGUGCGAUGGUCCUUCAAUCUGGUGCCCCUGGAAGUACCACCGGUAUUCCUGGCUCACGCGCUGGACGCGGUGCAAGCCAAGAGGGUGGUCCACGCACACGAAGAGACGGCAGCACAGCAUCCCAACAGGGUGGCUCAGUGCCCCCCCAGUCUCAUCCACCCCAACAGCAGCAGCAGCAGCAGCAGAACUCCCCGCCACAGACUCAACAGAGCUCAUCGCCGCAGAGUCAACCCCAGCCCCAGCAGCAGUAACGUUGUCGAUAAAAAUGCAAGAAAAAAACAACAACAAAUUUAAAAAAAAAACAAACUCAACUUACUAAUGAUAGAGAACAACACCUGAUGCCAAUCAACGCCUCAACAGCAGCUUUUUCUUUCGUUUUCGAUCGCUCGUGGUAGUUCCUUGGAUGAGGAACUGAUUAAAAAUGGGAAUUUCGUUCUGAUGGAAAUCGGCGAUUUUAUUUUCUUCGGGGGAGGAAUUUUCUUUAGUUGGAUUGCUUUGUGAUUGAUUUAACCCUCAGGUUUGAGAUCUCAUUACUUUUGGUGUAAUUACUUGAGGAAAAAUGGAUUUUUCGUCUCAAGUCCUGGAUCAACGAUUGAUUGAUUGAUCAACGAUUGAUUUUUUAUCCGAGUUUUGAGUCUGGAAGUUUAAAAUUUGAUAAACAUCGCUAUAAUUUUGGAAAAUUCAUCACCCAGAGGGGAAUUUAUUGCCGGGAAUUUCCACAGACUCGUUCCAUUUUUUUUCAUCACCUCUUCAAUUUUUUUUUAAUUAAUCAAUGAAUUGUGAGUUUGUAGUUUAAUAAUUAAAAACUCGCAGGUGCAUGCGAAUUGAUACAAACGCGAAUUCCAUCACGUUAAAUGCGUUGAUGAAUAAUGAGAAAAAAAAAGUAUUUAAAAGAAAAUGAAAAAAAAAAUGAUAAUGAAGAAACUACGGAAGACACACACAACCUUAUUACCUCAUUCAUUACGAUUAAAGAUUAAAAUAUGAGUAGAAGAAAAAAGGCAGAGUGAAAAUGAUGAAUUGAAUUAAAGAAAGAAUUAAUGAUUGAUAAUGAUGAAAAACCAAGUAAUCUAGAAGUCUACCUAAUAUUAAAGUUAUUGAUAAUAUACAGAGAAUUGACGUUACGUAAAAAAAACAUUUAACACAAUUACGUUAUAAUCCUGUUAAAUUGCUAUUCAUGCUACCGAUAUGAUUAUUAUUACAAUAUUAUUAUUACAAUAUUUUUUUUUCUCCCCACUGAUUAAUAGAUGAGGGGGGAUGUCUGUCAUUUUGACAAUACAGUUUUUUUUUGGUGAAAAAUGACAGGCCCCUCGUUGCAUUUAUUUACAAUUUGUUUUCAUUCGUUUAAUUGUUUUCUCAUUACUGAUGGUGAGAGAAUAACUAUUGCUGGAUUAUUGAUGCACUGCAUUUUAACCGAUUAUGGAGACUUAAACAGAUAGAACGUAACAGCAGGUGAGGAUUUAUCUUGAAUUGUGAGGAUAAUUUGUUGAAACCCUUGGUACCACAAUUACCAAAGAUACGAUUAUUUUUUUUGUAUUCAAUUAGAUACAAGAAAAAUUGGUUGACUCGAUGAGUCAUGUGUCAAGGGGAUUCGACUUAUAACUCGGAUUGAGGAUUGUCCGAAUGACAUUUUUCGUGAAACAGAUUUAUUAUUAUGGUACUUCAGGUGGAUUCUCUUUGAUGAGAUUUAUCGAACUGGUAAUUGUCGAUUUGUGCUGAAUUUGGAGAGAUGGUGAUGAGCCACGAUUUUUUGAAAAUUCGUUUGUUUAUCGAAUAAACUAUUUGGUAGAAAUCAAAAUUUCGAAUUGAAGAGUUUGAUUUGUCGAAUUUAUCUCGAAAACGAGCAGGUUUAGGGAUAAAUGUCAUAUGACAUUUUUUGUAGGCAACUUUAUGGCCUACAAAAAACGUCGUAUGUUUUUUUUUUCUAGAACCAACGGUUCCCGAGAUAAAUGACAAAAAUGUCAGUUUGAAAUGGAAUUUCUCACUCCACCGAUCCAAUUACUUCAGCAAAAAAAAAUCUUGAUACGAGGAAUAUAAAAACUUUUUCUAAAAAAAAAAAAAUCACAUCUUCAGGGAUUUUUACUUUUACCAAGGAUGUAAAGUGUGAGUGUGCGUGUGUUGACUGAUAAAAAUAUUAUUAAGUUUCUUUUUUCGAGUAGUCGAAAUAUUUUUUUUUGGGCGUAAGGCGAAACGGGGGGAAUUGUGUUUUGGGGGGUGGGGGGGGAUAAGAAAAAUGAUGAAUAAUCGAAAUACUUGUUGUAACAAUGACAGACAAAACCGAGAAUUAAUCCAUCACUUGAUUCUCCGGUAAAUUGCUGAGAUUUUUCAGAAUAUAAUUUUCUUAUUUUGAAAGAUCGAUUAUCGGACUGACAAUUAUUCACUCUGCGAGCCCCAAUUUAUUCCAGUAAUCUCUCAUUACAUUGGACAGGGCAGAGUGUCAUCAUACUGAAUUAAAAAAAAAAUCAAUCAACAUUUGUUGCUGUAACAUGAACAAUUUCUCGACAUUCGGUAUAACAAAGCGUUUAGUACAAAAAAAAGUCGUUUUUAGGGAAUGAACGUUUGCGAAUCGAUUUUUCUUUCGGGAAUAUGUGUGUACGUAAUUUUUCGAAGAGACGAAAAUAACAUUGUGUAUACGAGCGGAUGAUGAGCACGAAGCGAAUUUCUUUUUGUUUAUUAUUAUUUUUUUUUCGAAGGAAGAGGAGAAAUUAGAGUUUAGUGAGGGGUUGGUGGGGAGGGGGGAGUAUGGGGGUGGAUUGAGAGAGAAAGUAAAGGAAUCAAUGAAGAGAGAGAGAAAAAAAAGAGUAAUAAAGAGUAUAAGUUUAUUUUUGAUACAUUGUUGGGAGGGAUAAGUAAUUCUUUCGAUUAGUUUUUUUUCCUUUCGUUUGCAUUUAUUUUCUUUAUUCUUUCUUUUUCAAUUUUUUUUUGUUAGAUGUUUUUAAUAACUUAAUGAAUUUUAACGGUAUUUAGGGAAGAGUAAGAGAUUUUUUUUUUGGUGAAUGAGGAAGAGAAAUUUUUAAUUAAUUAAUAUAAAGUAAAAAAAUGGGGAAAGGGGAAAGGGGUGGGAAAAUGGUGAUGAAGGUACAAAAAGUAAAUUAAAAAACGAAGGGGAAUAAAUUAUCGUGAGUGAUAAAGUAAACAAAAUUUGAUGAGAUAAUUAAUGGUAAAAGAGAGUAAAUUUUUGAGACUUGUCCAGUUUUUUGCACUGGACUGUCAGUGGAAAAAAAGGAGAUUUUUCAUUUUCUUUUUUUUAUGUCGGUAUAAAUUGUAUAAUAUAUUUAAUAUAUUUCGAGGGAAUGAAAUUUUUUAAAUAUAAAACGGCGGUGGUCAGGUCGCUGGGAGACUGUCACACCAUUUUAUCAAUGAACAAAAAUAAAGUGGGAUAAAUUUUUAAAUGAAAGAGAUUUAAAAAAUUUGGGGAUGAUAAUUAACGAGGAAUUCUCGGGCUCGCAGUUUUAUGUGACCCGAGAUUUUCUGGACGAUUAUAUCGCGCAUGCGGCCUCCCGCUUCAGCCACUUCUGGAUUAUUUAUAAACUGUAAAAUCAACAGUGAAAACAUUUAAAUUGCAUUUUUAAUAAUCAAAAAGUAACAUUUACGACUCGAUAAAUAAAACACUCCUUUCUCCGGCUUAACUAAUUAAUUGUAAAGCUCAAAAAAUUUUUAACGAACAAUUCUUUCGGCAUUUGAACAUUAAAAUCACUCUUUUACAUUUGUUAUCCCACGAGAAAGUGAUAAACAAUGAAUAUUCACUCACGACCCAACCGAGCCCCAGUGUUUAAUUUAGAAAAAACCACCAAUUAUCGUUUUUUUUACUUUCAACGAAUUAAAUAACAAAAAAAAUCAGUAAGGAAAUAAGGGAUUGAAUGUCACGAUUAAAGCUAAACUCUUCGACUUCGUUGCUCGCAAUUCUCACAGUUCUGAAGCUCUAAACUAAUUUAAAAAAAAGCAAAAUGGAGGAAAAAUAAAUAAAUCACGAGAUGGACCAAAUAGCAGUCAUCGUCACACACAAACGAGAGAUAAAUACGGAGAAUUAUUGAUUCUCUGAUAUUGAAAACAUCGGAUACUUAAAAAAAGGCGAAAAUGUGGAGGAUAAUUAAUUUCGAUUGGAUCUUGCCUAAGUUUCGGCCGUUUUUUCACAGUCCACAGGUAGAAAAAUCACUCGAGUAAGGGCUCAUUUAACGAUUAAGAUGAUGCCAGGAGUGGUGAGAGACAGGGAUAAAGAAAAAUUGAAUAUGAAAAUUUAAUAAAUAAAAGAAGAAAAGAGAAAAAAAUUUUGCAGUUAAAAUAAACAUUAUUGUAUAAUGUUUUCUGCCAUGUGAGGCCCGCUCGCACACUCGGGGACGAUGAAAUGUACAAAUCAAACACAAAGUAAGAGAUGAAAAAACAAAAAAAAAAUUUAAAAAAAAGUGCAGAGAAAUUAUUAAUAUAAUAAUGAUAACUUAAAAAGAAUAAUGAAUUUUUAAAGUUAUAAAUUAUUAAAAAAAUAAAACGAUAAAAAAAAAACGAAAAAAACGUGGUGGAGAAAUUAGAGUGAAGGGAAAAAAGGGUUUUCUUUUUAAAAAACGAAUAAGGAAUUUAACCACGACAAAUGUACAAAAUCGAUUAAUCACUAAAUCUUAAAUGUUAGUAUCUAAAUAUCUAAAGAAACAAAGUAUUUAAUCGCGCAGACAUUGUAAUUGUGUGUUACUCAAGGAGAUGAGAAUCCCAGUUAAUCCGAUGUGAGGAGAAUUCCAAAAAAAAGGGGCUGAUGAUGAGAAAUAAAUCAUAAACAUUAAUCAUCUGCUUGACAAUGCUAAUGAGUAUGAGAAUAAAUGGACAGAGCAGAUCUGGUGCGUCUAACGUGUAACAACUACACGAUUCGUCCUGAAUGCCAUCGAAAAAUAUCAAACAAUGAUAAACAAAUCGUUAAAUCAUGAAGACCAAUAACUGAAACGAGUGACGAAAACAAAAACGAGAAUAAAAAAAAAUUUAAUAGAUUUUGAUGAGAAUUUCAUCUGCACGAGGAGAAUUUACAGAGACAAAUUCUCGAUCAUCAGAAUCUGGAGAAUUGACCAAUCGUUUUGUCACUUAUCCACAGGCUCUCACCAUUAAAAUAUCUAAACUGAUUAAAAUCGACACACGCACACAAUCAAUAAGUAAAAUGUAAUAAUAAAAAAAAAACCUGCCGGCUUCACGUAAUAUUAAAUAAUAAAUAGUGAAUAGUAUUAUAAAUAGAUAAAAGAAAAUCACAGAAUGGAGGAAAUGUUGAUGAUUGAAACGUCAAUGUUAAUGAACAAAAAUGAAUGUGAGAGGAACAAAAAUCCAAGGAUUCAAUCGAGAAGAGCAAAUACAAGAGGCAUCUUGACGAGAUAUUUUGGGCUUUAGUAUUACUAAUUAAUUCCAGGAUUGAUUGAACAAUGAUAAGAUCUGAACAAAAAUAAAUACUGAACAUAAAACAAGAAGAUAAAUAGUUUAAAUAAAACAAAUGGGCCUUAUCGUAACCACUUGGGCAUUGUUAUUAUUGGAAGAAUGUAAUUUUUUCAAGUGAUAACACAUUAUAUACAAAAUAAUUAUCAAUUAACAAUUAAUGAAAGAUAAAAAAAAAUAAUAGAAAAUAACGAGUAGUGCGCAAGUGCGGUGUCGCGCGUGAGUGAGAGAUGUUUUUUUUUACGUCUAAUACGUUUUAAUAAAUUUGAGAGAAACAUAAUUCGUAAGUGACGUGUUAAUGAUGAAAAUUAACAGAUGAAUGAAAACAUUGAAAUGAGUGAGAUAUUUGCGAAUAUAAUGGUGUGUGUAAUGAGAAUAAUAAUAGGUAGGAUAAAUAGGAACAUUUGAGUCGUAUGAUAUUAUCUAUUAUUAUCCUAAUUGUUGCCAACGAUGGGCAUUAACUGGGGAUAAAUCAUUGGGAUUUAUCGUCAAUCUGAUUGAUGAAAAGUAACACAAGAUAAUGAAAAAAAAAAUAA